AUGGAUGAUGAUGAUAUUAUUACAGUAGAUGAAAAUGAGGUUGAAAUUAAUGGAAAAAGAAAUGCUAAUAUAGAGAUUAUCAGCCCAGCAAUUACUAAUAAAACUGGUAGAAAAAGAAAAUCAUGUUUAGGAUUGUGUUCAGAUUUAAUUGCAAAAUAUGUUAAUAGGACACUGGCAUAUUAUGGUGGAGCUUGUCGUGUUGAAGUAAUUGCUAAAGAAAUGUAUCCUGAAAAAUUUCCUAACAAAUUUACAAGAAAAAAACUUAAACCAUCUCAGAAACGUGCAUUAAACUGGAAAAUUUAUGUAGAAUCUCGAUGGCGUAUUGAUAAAGAUUGUAAUGCUGUACGUGCUAAGAAAUGCACAGGAUAUUCUGAUUCUGGAAAAACAAUUUGUCAUGAAUGUUAUACACUCAAAUACGAUCCUAUUUCAGCACAUCGCCUUACUAUACCAAAAUCAGCACCCAAAAAUCUUAAAUUUACACCAAAAUUCUAUUUCGAGAAUAAUUCUUUAAAAAAAUAUUUGCAAAAUUAG